CAUGUAAUGAUAUUUUUGAUAUCUUCUUAUUUCUGAAUGCUUUUGAGUCAAGAGAACUUCUUGACGAAAAGGAAUUAUUAAAUGAGAUUUUAUAAACCUUAUUCUUCUUGUCAUGCUGCUGCCUGCUUUUCCUAACUUGAAAGUUGAAACAAGUUUUGCUCUCACAUUGCUGUUUGUUAUAGCAUCAGAAAUAUAUGAUUGUUCUAUUUAUGAAUUACAUCCUCCAGAUUUAAAGCUGCAUAUUAUAUACUAGUUGUGUCAGGCAUUAAAUUGUCUUAAUGUCACUACUAGUUGGUAUUAUGUUUGAAAAGUGCAGGUAUGAUAAACAUCUAGAUAUCGCUUUGUUUAGUUAAUUAUUGUUUUCUUUUACUAUGGAUCAGAUAAUCAUCUAUGACUAGAGGUUCAAGUCCUCCUACAGGGUAUCAAGAAUCUCCUUUCAAGACGAUAGUAUCUUUCUGUGAAACUCUGAUUGCUGCUCAAAUAAAAAUUAUAUAUAUUUUUUUCAAUGUUUUAAAGAGUCAUAAUGUCAUAAGAUGGAAAUUUCAAAAAUCAAGGUUUCUGUUACACAUAGAUAUCUCAUGUUAGGCUGUUUGUUGCAACAAUAAAUCAAAACACUUAAGGGUAUCGAAGUUCAAACAAUAGAUACAUUCAUUUAGGAAACUACGUACAUACAUUUAGGAAACAACAUGAUGGCCGAGAGGCUGCCAUUGUCAUCCAAAAUGACCUCAUUGAUCCUCAUCUCAAUUGUUUCCUUCAUCUUCUUUCUUCCUGUGUUGAUUAGUGCAUUUUCAUAAUAGGACUUAAUGGGGCUGUGAGAUACUAGGAGAAUAAAAAUGAAAAUACAUGAUUGUGUCUUGGACGUCUCUUUUUAGAGUUGCAUCUGCAGAAGUUGUUGGAUGGACAAAGCCACGAUGUGGCAUCCAUCUGAGAAGGCAUAGCACUGUAUGUUGCUCUUAUUGCACCGCAGAGGAUGUGAACCUAGCUCGAGAAUUGAAGGGAUGGGUCACUGCAUAAAAUUUUUUUAAUUUUGACUUUUGUUUUUUGUUCUCAAGUUGGAAAGGCAGACCAACAAAUCUGCAUCCUAUGAAAUUAUUGAUCCAUGGACCCAAGGGAGAAAUAUUGUCCGUUGAUCUUGUCAGGUGGUAUGUGGAGGGGCAAAAGCAUUCAAAAAUGUGGACAGUGGAUAGAUAAAAAUGACACCUUGAAGAGUACCAUUCUCAUGAGAAUGGUAUAUUGUGUGAAUUUUUUCAUAAUUCACCCUAUAAUUUAAAAAAAAAAACAAAAAACAAAACCCUAACGCUAAAAUCUAAUUCCCCCCCCCCCCUCCCUAGUCCAUCCCCUUCUAUUCUUUCAGCAAUGGGGAUGGCAACCGGUUGAGUAUGGAUCGGUAUAGCUGCAAAAUUCAAUUUUUUUCAUACAAAUCAAACAAGUAAAAAAGAAUAUAAAAGUAAACUUGGUACUUCAUAUAACACAACAAUGAUAGAAACACAACAAACAAAAAUAUUGAUCUUUAGGAAGCCAAAAAUCGAUAAAAGAACUAAUUGAAGUGGCUCAGAUCUAUGGGAAUUGAAGCAAGAAUCCAUUCAAGAAUAUGUAGUCGUAAUAUAGAAGGCAAAACAAAACAAGAAAAAACAUGAGGGAUCGAAUUAAUACCGAGUUGGUGGAUAGAAAUUCAGGUGUAGAUGGGGAGUGGCGUCCAAUCAGCUUGGGGAGGAGAAUGUGUGUGACCUUGUGGCUACAGUUUGAUCAGAAAGAGAGGAGACAAUCGGGCAAUGGGAGCUACAGGAUGAGUGAGUGGAGUGACUCGGACAAGAGGUGGGGAAGGGAUUUGUGAAGUUAUAUUAUACUCGAGUCGGGUUUGAUGUGAGUUUUACUAUUAUCCGCACCUACUUGAAUCCACUUUGGGUUUUGAAAUCAAGACACAUACUCGCCGCCGACUCUAAAGGGCUCAGGUAAAACCUGUUCCAUUAGAGUUAGGUCGGAUCGUACUCGGUGGGGUGGAGUAAUUCCAUGACCCUUCUCCAUCACUCCUCCCCUUCCCCCAUCUUUCCCUCUUUGCCGCUCUCUUGGUUGUUCAUAUUGAGCCAAGAAGUUUGGAACCACCCAUCCUUCACUUCUCUCUCUCUCUCCCCCUCUCAUAUAUCUCUCUUACUGGUGAGGGAUUUGAGUAGCAGUGGCAUUGUUGGCCAUGCAGUGGCUGUGGUGGCUACCCAAGAUCGAAGCUGUAUCAUCGAAGAUCCGAUGCCGUAGCUUAUGGAAUGUGGUAGUAGGAUGCUGCAUUUUGUUUAUCCAGUCCAUAUUUAUCUUCCCUCACAUCUUGUUUCACUUCUCUCUCCGCCCCUCCCUACACCAGUGAUCUCUCUCUCUCUCUCUCUCUCUCUCUCACCCCCCCCUCUCUUUCUCCCUUCCCUGGUGAACGAUCGAAAGCACAUUCAAUUCCCUAUUCAGUCAAUUGGGUCAGGCUUGGGCUUCCGAUUUCUUGUCGGGCCAGAUUCAAGCUUCAGCUUUCAUGCCUCAGAUCAUGCCAUGCUAAGCUUGGCCCCAAAUUUUUUGUGUUGAUAUGGGGUCUUGGCCUGGCUUGAACCUAAGAGAUGCUCAUGUCUAGGGGGUGCUCUUAAGCUGAUAUUUUGUGAGUCUGCCUUUGCAACAGGACUGAUUGAUUUUCUCUUUUACUACUCCCAUUCUAGAUUCCCUUUUAUAAUUUCCUUUUCUCACUUUUCCCUCUUUUAUUAUAUUUAGGGUUUUGUAUCAUCGACUUAAACUUGCUUGAUGGAUCUUGGUUUGGCAAAGACUAUGGUUUUCGAAUCCACCCUCUCCAACUAGAGUUCAAUUCACCAAAACUAGGUGUUUUCCACUUCUCACCUCAUAACAGAAGAUUGGAUAAGUUGUCAAUAUUUUGGUCUCUCUUGGGCAUAUAUGGCGAACAUGGCGUGCUUUAUAAUUGUCAGUAGGAAUGACAUUCCUAUAUAUGAAGCUGAAGUGGGAUCUGCACCCAAAAAGGAAGAAGCAGCUCACCAGCACCAGUUUAUCUUACAUGCUGCAUUAGAUAUUGUUCAGGACCUUGCAUGGACAACCAGUGCCAUGUUUUUAAAAGCAGUGGACAGGUUCAAUGAUCUGGUGGUAUCUGUUUAUGUCACUGCAGGUCACACUAGAUUGAUGCUGCUUCAUGACUCUCGUAAUGAGGAUGGAAUAAAAAGUUUUUUCCAAGAUGUUCAGGAACUAUAUGUAAAGAUACUUCUGAAUCCUCUGUAUUUACCUGGAUCUCGCAUCACAUCAUCUCACUUCGAUACCAAAGUUAGAGCUCUUGCAAGAAAAUAUCUAUAGUGACAUCCUCCGCCGAGGAUUGCAAAGUUUUGGCAUCCUCUAUCAAGUAUCAGGAUUAAUGAAGUCAAUACAUUCCUAAUCUUGUUAUGGAUGAUGAACCAACUACUCAAUUGUUGAUUUAUAUUUGUUGUAUGUUUUGUCUACAACUUCAUAAUUGCUGAUUGACAAAUCCACCAUGUUUUUUCUGUUAUGAACGUUGCUCGAGGAGCCUGCUGUUUGUUGAGUCAUUAUGGGGUCUACAAGUUACACAUAGUGUGGAGUUUACCGGUCCAACAACCCAUCAUCAGCCGGAUGGGCUGUGAAAUUAGAGUUCUGUAAUCCCUGCUCUAAAUUUUUAAGUGGCCUUUUAACCUCUUUAUUUGAUUUGGGUGGCUAAA